AUGACUAAUUACAUUACAUAUGAAGUUAAAGUCUUAAUUGAAGAUGACUUAAUAUCGGGUUUAAGUCAAAGAGAGGUGGCUCUUAAAAGAAAGGUUAGUAAAACCUUAGUAUGCAAUAUUAAUAAAAAGUUAAAAAAUGGAACACCACUGGGAAGGAAAUUUGGUUCAGGACGACCUGAAAUAUUGUCUGAUGAAUUAAAACGUCAGUUAUUCUUGAUUUAUGAUAAAAAUCAUAAAGAAUCUUGCCUAAAGAUUACACAGAAAUUUGUCGAAAAGUUUAAUGUACAAAUUUCAAGACAAACUGUGUCAAGAAUUCUAUCUGAUUUUAGUUUAGUUACUCCCAAACCAGCGAAAAAACCACUCUUAAGACCUAUUAAUAUAGAAAAAAGACUUAAUUUAUCAGAAAAAUUUUUAGGGAUUUCACAUUAG